AACAAAAAAAAUCUCUGAAGCUGAUCUUCAUAUUUGGAAAUCCACUUCAAAGCAACACCUGAGAUCUCAUUUUCUUUCCAAUUCGAAGCCAGCAGUUAAGAUCUUUUUCAUUUUCACACCGCCAAAAAUCAAUUCAUUUUUCUUUGUCUCUGUUUCCUCUACGGUCUACAUCACGCGUUCGCAGCUCCUCAAUACGUCCGUGGAAGAGUUCCAGAGAGCAAAGAUGAAUGAUCUUAUGACAAAAUCUUGGACCAGCUAUGUAGAUCUUAAGAAAGAAGCCAUGAGAGACCUUGAAGCUGGACCGGACUAUGAUCUGGAGAUGUCAACGGCAAACUCCAUGGACCAUAACAUGGGGCUGUUCCUGGAAGAGGCUGAGAAAGUGAAGCAAGAGAUGGGAGUGAUCCGGGAAAUCUUGGGUAGGCUCCAAGAAGCCAAUGAGGAAAGCAAGUCAUUGCACAAACCUGAGUCCUUGAAAUCCCUGAGGAACAAAAUCAACAGUGAUAUUGUCACUGUGCUGAAAAAGGCCAGGACAAUUAGGGCACAGCUUGAAGAAAUGGACCGCGCAAAUGCAGCUAACAAGCGCCUUUCAGGGUGCAAAGAAGGCACCCCAAUUUACAGAACCAGGAUUGCUGUCACCAAUGGCCUGAGGAAGAAGUUGAAGGAGCUGAUGAUGGAUUUUCAGGGGUUGAGGCAGAAGAUGAUGACUGAGUACAAGGAGACUGUGGGGAGAAGGUAUUUCACAGUGACUGGAGAGCACCCAAAUGAGGAAGUCAUUGAGAAAAUAAUCUGUGAUGGGAGUGGGGGUGAGGAGUUCUUCUCGCGGGCAAUUCAGGAGCAUGGGAAAGGGAAGGUAUUGGAGACAGUAGUGGAGAUACAGGACAGGCAUGACACGGCCAAAGAGAUUGAGAAGAGUUUGCUAGAGCUGCACCAGGUAUUCUUGGACAUGGCAGUGAUGGUGGAGGCUCAGGGGGAGCAGAUGGAUGAUAUUGAGCAUCAUGUGAUGAAUGCCAGCCAUUACGUGAAGGAUGGUACAAAGGAGCUGGGGACAGCAAAGAAAUAUCAGAGAAGCAGCAGGAAGUGGCUCUGUAUUGGGGUGAUUCUUCUACUAUUGAUUGUUCUCGUGAUUAUCAUCCCAAUUGCUACAAGUUUCAGCAGCUCAUGAAUUUGAAUGUUGAUAGAAGAACUUACAGCCCAGUUCUUCAUCCUUUUGUUCCUUUCACUUUAAGAAUGCAUUUCCAUAGAUAGAACAAGUUUCAGUCCUUUUGUUGGGACUGGCAUUUUAGGUUUCAAGGGUUCAAUGUUGGUUUUAUUCUUUCAUUGAUGACAUUGUUUAAAUUUAAUGUGUGAUCUGAAUCUACCAUAUAUAAGAUUUACUGUUAAGUUCAGCUGCUGUGUUCAUUUAUUGCAGAAGUUUUGUAUAUAAUUCUUGCUAAUUAAGAUAUCCUGAGAAA